AUGGUCCGUAAAAGGUGGAGGGGACAGGAGAUAGGGGGCUGCAGAAGCCUGCAUACCCCACGUCUAGACGGAAUUAGGUCCGAGGGUCUUCCGUGCCGACGACCUCUUGAACCAAAAGGCGGCCGUAAAGAAGUGAACGAGAAGGAAGAGCAAAAAGAAGAGAUAGAAGAAGAGGAGGAAGAAGAUGAGGAAAAGGAUGAGGAAGAAGAAGAGGAAGAGGAAGAAGAGAAGGAGGAGGAGGAAGAGGAGGAGGAGGAGGAGAGGGAAGAAGAGGAAGAUGAAGAGUAUACAGAAGAGGAAGAGGAGGAAGAAGAUGAUGAAAAGGAUGAGGGA